AUGAAAUUAUUAUGGGGAUAUUUUAAAACUGGUAUAAAAUCUGAAUCAAAAAAUGAAACAUUGGAAUCCAAAUUAUUUUAUAUGUUUGAACCAAUUUAUUUUAUGAGUAAAGUUUGUGGAAUUUUUGUUUUAAAAUAUAAUAAAAAUAAAUUGGAAAUGCUGGAGAAUCCAUCAAACAUUUUUCAGAUCAUUUACGGAUUCUGGGUAUUGAUGACAUGCAGUGGAUUACAAUGCUGGGGAUUGUUUCGAGACUUACGUCAUGGCUGGGAAAACAGCAUUCGGCUAUCGUCGGAGACGGCGAUAACAGCAACUUGCAUCGACGUCCUAGCGGUGAUCAGUGUCACAACAGUUAUAAUCAUGGGUUCACCGUUUCGAUGGAACAACAUGAAAAAGGCUUUAAAUAAAAUUAUCCAUGUGGACGAGCAACUGAAAGUUGUAACUUCGAAAAAUCUUCAUGUACUAUCAAUUAUUGUGAUCUUCUCUACUUUUGUGUAUUUAGCAAUAUUAUCUCUGUUAGACUACACCUGUUGGACUUUAUUCUAUAAUUCUAAGAAAAUACAAGUUUUCAGUGAUAAGGGGCCGAUAAACUACUGUCCUUUAUACUUUAUGUACAUUAUAAUAAUGACCUUUGAAAUACAGUAUGCACUUAUUAUUUUCAACGUAGAAGAACGAUUCUUAAAAAUGAAGAUAAUAAUUGUUAAUUUUACCAAAACGAAUGGUCUCAUUGAAAAAUUUCAUAAAGAUAUAGGAUUCGAUAACCAAACUAGAGCCGCAUUGGAUACUAUCAACCAGCUAAUAACAAUGCAUGGAAUUCUCUGUGAUUGUAUUGUUUGCAUUAAUAAUUGUUACGGCAGUGCUAUAUUAAUAGGAACAAUUAGCUGUUUGAUACAUCUGACAAUAACGCCCUAUUUUUUGUACAAUAUGAUAUACAGAGAUAAUAGCAGCUGAUACGUCAUUAUAAUUCAAGUUCUUUGGAUUAUUUUUCAUACUUACAGACUAUUACUCUUCGUUCAGCCUUGUUACAUGGUGAUAAUACAGGCAAGAACUAUAGGAGCAUUAGUUGGUCAAGCUUUAUUGAAUACUUGGAAUCUUGAAAUAAAAAAACAGCUAGAAAUAUUUUCGAUUCAACUACUGCAGAGGCCCGUAGAAUUUACAGUUUGUGGACUUUUUCACCUUGACAGAGGAUUAGUUACAUCGAUUGUAGGUUCAGUCACAACGUAUCUUGUGAUACUUCUACAAUUUCAAAAAGCCAAUGAUACUGAAGGAACAAGAAAUUUACUGAUGAAUACAAGCGAACUGCUAAAAAAUAUAUCUAAUAUUAAAAAUAUAUAUAAGUAA